UCUGUAACUCCCCGUCUUUGAGUCGUCUCGUACUUCACUCGCGCGACUCAUGGGACUUGGGGCUCAAUCCAUCUGGCCUCUAGAAUCACCGCCUAAAACCACCACCACCACCACCACCACACCAACUAUCCUCAACAGAUACCAACUGGGUCGCCUUCUGGGCCGCGGCAGUUUCGCCAAGGUCCACCAGGCCCGUUCCAUCGUCGACGACAGUGUCGUGGCCAUUAAAAUCAUUAGCAAGAAUGCGAAUCUUGAUCCCAACAUGGAGGCUAGAAUCGUCCGGGAAGUCGCCGCCAUGCGCUGUCUUCAGCAGCACCCGAAUGUUCUCAAAAUCCAUGAAGUCAUGGCUACCAAGACUAAGAUUUACCUCGUCAUGGAGUACGCCUCCGGUGGUGAACUUUUCAACAAGGUUUUGCGCUGUGGUCGGCUUACUGAAUCCGCCGCCCGCCGCUACUUUCAGCAGCUUGUGUCGGCUCUCCAUUUCUGCCACCAAAACGGAAUUUCUCACCGUGAUGUGAAGCCGCAGAAUCUCCUCCUUGAUCAGAACGGAAACUUGAAAGUUUCCGACUUUGGUUUGUCGGCUUUACCGGAGCAGCUGAAAAACGGACUGCUGCAUACGGCUUGUGGUACCCCGGCUUACGCCGCACCCGAGGUUAUGUCUCGGCGUGGCUAUGACGGUGCCAAAGCCGAUGCAUGGUCCUGUGGAGUUAUAUUAUAUGUAUUGCUUGCCGGCUAUCUGCCGUUUGAUUAUAGUAAUUUGUUAACUAUGUAUAAGAAGAUCCACAGAAAAGAUUAUCAAUUUCCAUCUUGGAUCUCGAGACAAGCUAGAUCGGUUAUAUAUCAGCUUCUUGAUCCGAAUCCCAAAUCAAGAAUGAGUCUUGAGGCGUUAAUGAAUCUUUCUUGGUUCAAGAAAUCGAUGCAGCUGAGGGGUGAACAAGAAAGAAGUUUGUUUGAGUCAGUGUUGGAUAAUAAAGAUAGUAAAAGUGACAUUUUGUCAAUGAAUGCGUUUGACAUAAUAUCCUUGUCAUCUGGGUUGGAUUUGUCCGGGCUUUUUGAGGUGAAGAAAAGGAAGGAGAAGAGGUUUACGACGGUGGAGAAGGCGGAGAGAGUGGUGGAGAAAGUUAAGGAGGUUGGUGAGAAGUUGGGUUACAGAGUUGCGAGAGGAAAGAGUGGUGGCGUUAUUGGGUUGGGGAAACUUGGGUGGGUGGUUUUGGUGGCUCAAGUGUUGGAAAUUGCACCAGAAAUGUUGCUGGUGGAAAUGAAGGUGGCUGAUCAUGGCUGUGGUGCGGCGGACUUUGAGGAGGCUCAUUGGAGCGAUUUGCAAGUGGGACUUGAGGAUAUUGUUCUUUCCUGGCAUAACAACAAUGAUGUGAUAUUUAUGUGAAGAAAUUAUGAUCUUUGUUCAUGGAUGUAGAUUAUCUUCUUUUAAGGAUUCUGUUUUUGUUUAUUGUAAAUCAUGAAAUUAUGGAUUAGUAGUUUAGUUCAAUAAAAGCUGCAGUUUGUUUCUUCAUCA